ACUAGAAGAUCAAUGUUCAACAUUGACUAACCAUAAAAUUAAAACUUACACAUAGCUAUUAGCUCUCUCUCUAUAUAUUUCAAAUAAAUUAGUAAUCAAAUCAGGCGGUACGUGAGAGAGAGAAAGAGAGAGAUGGGUCCCUAAAGAUGAGAAAAUGGCUGUGAUAUUUCCUGGUGUCCAUACCCCAUCCGCAUAUGGAUCAUUUCGGGGCUUAAUUGGGUCCCAAAUCGAAAACACUCCCUCUCUCUCUCUCUCUCUCUCUCUCUCUCUCUCUCCGUGUCUUAAACUUCCCGUUUCCUCCAUGCUGUAACUGUAUAUAGAUACCCUGAAUAGCACACCAUUGUAGCGUUUGAAUCAGCAAAUUGUAUUUCAUUAUGUUAGCAUAGCAGCAGAUGAAGUAUCAGGAUCUUAUCACUUCGCUUUUAGCCCGUUCAACACCAUUAUGGGCAAUUCUGGUGGCAUUAGCUUUUGUGAUUCUAUCACUUUCCUUGUCAUUUUACCUUGUGUUCGAGCACCUUUCUGCUUACAAGAAUCCUGAGGAGCAAAAGUUUUUGAUUGGAGUUAUUCUAAUGGUACCUUGUUAUGCCAUAGAAUCUUUUGCCUCGCUGGUGCGUCCAUCAAUUAGUGUUUAUAUUGAGAUACUAAGGGACUGCUAUGAGUCAUUUGCCAUGUAUUGCUUUGGAAGAUACCUUGUUGCUUGCUUGGGUGGGGAAGAAAGAACAAUUGAAUUUAUGGAAAGAAAAGGACGUGCGAGUUUUAAAGCUCCCCUCCUUGAACAUGGUGAUGAUACAGGAUUUGUAAAGCAUCCUUUUCCAAUGAAUUACAUCUUAAAACCUUGGAGACUCGGCCGAUGGUUUUAUCAAGUUGUCAAGUUUGGGAUUGUUCAAUAUAUGCUAUUCAAGUCUCUGAGUGCAAUAUUAGCAGUAAUUCUUGAAGCCUUCAAUGUCUAUUGUGAAGGGGAAUUUAAAGUGGCAUGUGGGUAUCCCUACAUUGCAGUGGUUCUAAAUUUCAGCCAGUCCUGGGCUUUGUACUGUUUAGUUCAAUUUUAUACUGCUACACACGAUGAACUGGCACGUAUAAAACCAUUAUACAAGUUCCUGACAUUUAAAUCAAUUGUGUUUUUGACUUGGUGGCAAGGAGUGGCGAUUGCUCUAUUCUACUCUCUUGGUUUAUUCAAAAGUGCUCUAGCAGACGGUUUGCAUAAGUCGACUGUCCAAGACUUCAUCAUCUGCAUAGAGAUGGGCAUUGCUUCUGUUGUUCAUCUAUAUGUGUUCCCUGCAAAGCCUUAUGAGCUGAUGGGUGACCGUGUUCCUGGAAGUGUUUCAGUUCUUGGAGAUUAUGCAUCUGUUGAUUGCCCUCUUGAUCCAGAUGAGGUUAGAGAUAGUGAAAGACCCACGAAGUUACGCCUUCCUCAGCCUGACAUUGAUAUCAAGAGUGGGAUGACCAUCAAAGAAAGUGUUCGGGAUGUUGUUGUUGGUGGCGGUGGAUUUAUUAUGAAUGAUGUGAAGUUUACUGUAAACCAAGCAGUGGAGCCUAUGGAAAAGGGUAUCACAAAGUUCAAUGAGAAACUGCAUAAAAUAUCUCAAAACAUAAAGAAACAUGACAAGGACAGGAGAAGAACAAAGGACGACAGCUGCAUUGCCACUUCUUCACCAACACGGAAGGUGAUUCGCGGGAUAGAUGAUCCCCUCUUAAAUGGGAGCAUUAGUGAUAGUGGGGUGGGAAAGGGAAAGAAGAACCGGCGGAAAUCUGGAUAUACCAGUGGAGAGAGUGGGGGAGAAAGCAGCAGUGAUCAAAGCUAUGGUGGGUAUCAGAUCAGGGGCCGCAGAUGGGUCACAAAAGAUUAGACAAUUUUUUAGCAAAUUGAAUGGCCAAAUCUAAUUGGCAGGCUACAUGUGCAUAAAGAUUUUACUAUCUCACGAGGAGAUGGAAAAUUUUUGGAUCAGAUUUUUCUUGUGAAGAAAUUCUGAUGAAGCGUUAUAGGUAUUGUUAUGCUGGGGCUAUGGGAUGGAUGUUAGGCUUUCAAAAUGUUGUAUAGGGUUUUCCACAAGGCUUGCAAUUGCAAGAGUCGGAUAUAAUCAAAAUUGUUGCAUGCUGCCUUCUUUACUGAAUUUUAUUGUCAACCAUCAAUUGAUGGGAAGAUUUUUGUUCGUUGUCUAGAAGACAUGGCAAGUGUAUGUUGGCCUGCCCCUUUUGAGGCUCAUGAAUUGACCAACCUUGAUAUACAACAUUAUCAUUAGCAAUUUAUUGAUAAUUUUAUCAUAUAAGUUCUUAGUUAAA